GAUUUUUCUGAAUGCAUUAAAUUUCUUUCUCUUCCUUUUCUUCUUCUCCUCGCUUAUCGUCACCAACUGAUCAGUUCCGAUCAGCUCGGCGGUCAGAAGCCGACUAAACAGACUUUCUUGUCACGAAUGUUCGGAACCGUUCAAGAACGAAAUGCCGUUGCCGAUCCUACCGAGUGGUCGCGCUUAUAUCGACGGUAUAUAUGCCGAUUUCGUCAGGAAUUUAUUUAUUCCGGAGCUGGAACUCGCGGCAACCACAACAUCUCGACCGUGGCUCUUAUCUAUAUAUCGAUUACAUUAUCAAGUUUCAACGGUGAUUAAAUUGUUCGUGAAAUUCCGGACAAUACACUUCUGAAUCUUGACAUUUUUGUGGAUAAUAAUUAGAUUAGUCUCUCUAAGCUGGUACUUUGAGACAAUCUCGGCGAUCGCCGAUUUAGAGUGAUACCAACACGACUUGCUGGUUUCAUACUGUGAUUGUGUUUGUGAUAUUCUUAAAAUAUUAUUGUAUAAGAGACCUUUCUAUUCUUCGUUGAAUUCUUCGGAGUUUAUUUUUAAAAUCAACCUAGACACUUUUCUCCGAGAUAAUUCUGUCAUUUACGAAGAAAAAAAGGCUGUGCAAUUUUUGUGCUCCGUUUUAUAUGAUUUGUCAUCAACAAGUACAAGCUAAAUGUGAUUUAAAUCGGUUGCUAUUAAAAGACCAGUAAAAAAACUUGCAAGACAAACUGCUGUAUUUUUAAUCACGACGAGAUAAUAAUAUCUUUUUCUCCAACAAAGAAAUACGUUGAACUCAACACUCGAUUCUAAGCAAAUAAUUCUGCUACCAGAAAAACAGCGAGUCGGUGCGAGUCGAUCACUCUUCAAUUAACUGUUCACUUGAGAACGUGAGCCAAACAACAUUAUUAUCGCUGAUCAAUACGAAUUAGUCUCGUGUUACAUCCUGCGAACAUCCUGUAAACUCUAACGACGAUCGGAGAAAUUUCUCGAAGCUCGAACGGCGCUGAAUCUAAGGCGCAUCAAAAGGAGAAGCAGCUGCCAGGUCAGAGCAGCUUGGCCGAGAGAGGCAGAGGACAAGGCGGUAUUCACGAUAGGGAUAGAGCAAGGGAAACGACGGAGAGUGGAAAAGGGAAAGUUGGAGAGAAAGAGACAAACCGACAGAGGCAGAGAGAAAGAGAAGCGAACCUACGGGUUCAAGUAGCAAACCGAUUUAGCAGGCGCGCACGUGCUUUGAGAGAAGGAUAGGAAGGGACGUUUAAGUAACAAGGACAAAGUCUGAAGAUAGCUAGGGGAAAGAAGACAAAACGAUAGAUAGAGCUGAAAGACGGAGCGAAAAGGAGCGAGAGAAUAAGGAAAAGAGACGGAGAGACUGAGACUACCCUGAGAUUAGGUAGGAUAGGAGAAAAAAGAGGAACCCUUCUCGGGACUGAUCUUCGAGAUGGGUAAAAACAGCCUGACGAACUCUCACGCGGCUGAUAGUGCUUUCGACCAGGAGGCUAUCUUGAAGAAGACACGAUGGCGCAAUCUCUUGGCCUUCUGGAUCCUGGGUCUGUGCAACAAUUACGGCUACGUCGUGAUGCUCAGCGCAGCCCAUGACAUUCUUCAGACCAAAUUCGGUGAGAAGGAUGACACGUCAAAUGUUACUACUAAUAACGCCACAAACACGUCGGGAAGUCGUACAUGUAACACGGUUUCGACAGGUGCCAUACUCUUGGCAGAUAUUUUGCCAGCAUUGGCGAUCAAAAUGACAGCGCCGUUCCUUCCAUUUUUUGUGCAGCCAAAAAGUAAAUCAUGCUUAUUGUUAAGGUUCAUGAUUUUAUUUAAUAUAGUUAUUUAAUAUAGUUAUAUUUUAACAGUAACAACGUUUGCUUUUUGGCCUUUAUGCUGCGUUGUUUUAGGUAUUUAUUAUUAUUUCUCUCGUAGGCAAGUGAUCUCGACGUGGUCAUCGGGCACAGGUGGCGCCGGAGUAAUCGGCGCCGUGUCUUACGCUGGCCUCACCAUGGUGCUAUCCACUGAGAACACACUGCUCGUCAUGCUGGCCGUGCCGCUUUUGCAAGCAAUCACAUUCUGGUGUGUCCUCAAACAUCCGGUGCACACCAGAAUCCCGAUCACUAAGAACGGCAUCGACAGCCAGGAGCAGAUCAUCAAAGUCCCCAAGAAGAGCUUCAGGGACAAGAUCAAUUUGGUACCCGGUUUGCUGAAGUACAUGAUACCACUCGGACUGGUCUAUCUGUUCGAGUAUUUCAUUAAUCAGGGCCUGUACGAGCUCAUCGAAUUCGAUAAUAUUUGGCUGACACAUUCUGAACAAUAUAGAUGGCUCCAAGUGGAUUAUCAAAUAGGUGUAUUUAUCUCGAGGUCGUCAGUGAAUAUAGUUACUAUCAACAGGAUUUGGAUUAUGUCCGUGUUACAGUUCAUUAAUGUUAUAAUCCUCCUCUUCGAAACCAUCUACUAUUACAUACCGAACAUAUGGAUUGUUUUUGCCAUUGUACUGUGGGAAGGUCUACUUGGCGGUGGGGCAUAUGUAAAUACUUUUUAUCGAAUGUCAACCGAGAUACCGAGAGAGGAUCGGGAAGCUUCUUUGGGAAUCGCGACGAUGGCAGACUCGAUUGGAAUCGCAUUGGCUGGAUGGUUGUCCAUGCCUGUUCACAAUGCCAUUUGCAAGCUACCACAGCCGAAACGAUUAGGCAGUUAAGAAUGUAAUGGUCUGCCUGCUAUCGAGUGAUAACGAAGUUUCCGCUAACGGAAAUUUUCGCUUCCAAAAGUUCCUCAAGGCGUCAUGCCGGCGAUUAGAGGCGAAGAUUCUUCUAAUUUAAUGUUCGCACAUAGAUCAAACAUAAGUGCUUGAUCCUGUGAUUGCGAGAUCGUGAAGCGAUCAAUGUUUCAACUUAAGCCAAUUAUGUAACUUUUGAGGAAAAAAUAGUGAAAUAGACAUUCAAGAUGCAGGCGACAUGGUAAUGAAUUUUUAUCGUUUAUCACUUUUAAUAUUAUUUUAAAAUUAAUUAUUUGUUACUGGAUUUUUUAAAAGAUAUUUUCAAAGUCACGACCGUGUCGCCCGCAGAGAGAUAUUUUAAGCGCUUUAUAAGUUUUAAUUACAAUGUAUUACAAACAUCCGAGUUUUAUUCGGUACAAAUAUUUAAAAUACUAGGAACAGGGCAUAUACUGCAGUACAUGUCGCAUAUCAAAUAUACAUAAUACGGCGACGUAGCACAUGACAUACGAAUAACCAUCUGUAAUGAAAGAAAUUCUUGUACCGUAGAUCUAUCUGUUUUAUGAUACCGUGCCUAAAUUUUGAGAAUUGUACUGUAAGUCUAUUUUGUCUAUAGAAUAUCUAAAUUUUGACUUGUACUGUAGUCUUGUAUAGUUUCUUCCCGAUACCGUAGAUAUACUCUGAGAUUAUUAUUAGCUGUUGAUUUUUGUUUUCACAUGUCCGGCUUACUGCGACGAAAAACGUCACGGUAAAAGAUACACAAGUAUUUUUCGUGCACGUUUUCGAGAACCGGUCAUUCGAUAUUUGAAGAUUAUCUCAGUAUUAGUAGCUACAGUAACGAAUCAACCUCAUCGAUGAAUCGGUAAGAAAUAGUAAUAACGCACUUGGAUUAUGCCUUACUUAUUUGUGAUUAGAUUAUAUAAAAAUUACUAGUUUUAAAUACCACGUUUCUACUUUGAUAUAUCGAUUCUAUUCUUAUACCUUUUGAUUGAGGGAUUGUGAUUGUAAGUAUUAUAGACAUUUACAUCGAUUUUAAUAAAAUGAGCGGAGCCGACAAAA